AUAAUCAUUCGCGAUACGUGAUGUAUAUAUAGAAGUGAAGAUACUUUUGUAUUGUCAUCCGUUUCAUUUGAUAUCAUUUUGAAAAGUGUAACAUAAAUCAAAAUAUUCAUAAUUGUGGUUGAAAAGUAGUUCAACGUGUUUUAUUGUUUUUUAGUGUUUAAUUAGUUUUUCAUCAUUCAAAACAAAAAAUGCUUAUUACAUUAAAGAAUUUACAACAACAGACUUUUACCGUUGAGAUCGAACCAUCAAAAACGGUAAAAGAAUUAAAAGAGAAAAUAGAAAAUGAAAAAGGCAAAGAAUACCCUGCAGAAAACCAAAGGCUUAUAUAUGCAGGUAAAAUUUUAUCAGAUGAAAAUGUUCUAACAGAAUAUAAUAUCGAUGAAAAGAAAUUUAUUGUGGUUAUGGUUACUAAACCAAAAGCACAAACUAGUCCUGAACAAGAGAGUGGAGAUGGUAAUAAUACGUCGGCAACAACCGGUUCUACGGCAGCGGCAGCCACACCUGCCACAAAUCCAGCUAGUGAAGCAGCGCCUACAGCUACAGUCACAAGUCAACCCUUAAGUGUGAAUGCAUCUAGCACUGAAGAACCAAGUUUAACAAGUGCUGAGAAUGCAUUAAUUAUGGGUGAUGAUUACGUAUCAAUGGUUCAAAAUAUAAUGGAUAUGGGAUAUGAGCGGGAUCAAGUAGAGCGUGCAUUAAGAGCUAGUUUUAAUAACCCAGAUAGAGCUGUAGAAUAUUUACUAACAGGUAUACCUGAUUCGUUAUAUGGUGAUGCUGAUGCAGAAGAUGAUCCUACGGCACAAGUUGAUAUGGCCGGAGUCAAUGCUGGUGAAGAAUCUGCAGAAGAUCCAUUGGCCUUUUUACGAUCACAGCCACAAUUUACACAAAUGAGAGCGGUCUUACAGCGAAAUCCAGCAUUAUUAAAUGCAGUUUUACAACAAAUAGGACAAACAAAUCCAGCAUUAUUGCGACUAAUUUCACGUCAUCAAGAUGCCUUUGUUAGAAUGCUAAAUGAACCAAUGACAGGAGAAUCAACACCUGGCAGUGCAACAGGUGCACCCACAACACCCUUAUUAGGCUCAACACCAUCAGCUGCGUCUGGUGGGACUCCAGAUCCAGCUUUAGGUCAAGGAGUUAUUCAAAUAUCUCCGCAAGAUAAAGAAGCUAUUGAAAGGUUAAAAGCUUUAGGCUUUCCAGAAGCUAUGGUAAUUCAAGCGUAUUUUGCCUGUGAAAAAAAUGAAAAUAUGGCUGCAAAUUUCUUACUAUCACAUAAUUUUGAUGAUUGAAAUGUGUGAAAGUCAAAAAUGUUGGAUUCAAAAAAAUGUGAAUCUAAUAUAACUUUUUUUUUUGUU